AGGCAGCCAUGAUGUAGGCGUAUACUUGGGGGAAAAACGCUGUACAAAUGUAAGAAGGUCUGUACGACAAUGCAAGCUUGUUGUACCAGCUUUAUGUUUUCAAAAGUGGUUGAAAAGGCCAAAAUGUGAGCAGUUAACUGCAGUUCCCCUCAUCCUGUGAAAGCAGAAUGAUGGGCUGCUUUCACAAUUUGCGAAGCUGCAGGUGCAAACAUUGCUGAGGGUUAGCUUUUGGUUACCACAAAACUAGGUCUUUGAAAACUGGUUGUCAGUCCCUUUAACGCAAAAUGUGAAGGUCUGAAAAUACCAUGUCGGUAUGUCUUUAAGCUGUUUUGUGCCACACAUACGUAGAUCUGACUUUCCUGCACUCUAAUGUCACAUCCCCUAAUUAUGCAUUGGAAAUUUGCAUGGGAGUAGAAUUGGUGCGCUUACAAAUGAUAGUGAAAGCUUGGAGAGGUAGUUACUAUGAAACAUAGUUACUGUGCUAAGGUCUAUAAAACACAAACAUGAAAUGCACUGAACAGACAAGACCUGAUGCACUUCGUGUUUGUGUUUCUUCCAGUAACACUUAGGUGUUGUGGAGCACAUUUACAAUUAAAGGGCAUUGCAUCACAAACCUCUUCCAGCAAAAAUGUUUUGCUUUGCACUCAGUUAAAAAUUCACUUCACUUGGCAAUAAAUUAUAUUCUGGUAGUAUUGGUAGAUUUUUCAACUUGAAAACAUUGCCACAUACAAUGCUCAUUUCCAAAUCUCUGGCAAUUUUUGUCUUUUGCAGCGCAAGCACCUCCUGCAAAUAGGAGGGAAGUCAUUGCGCGAGGUGGCAUCGAAUGCCAUGAAGGCUGUAAUGGCGCAGCCCGUCCAAGUGCUUUACAGCUUUCAUAGCAGGAAGGGGAAGAGGGCAUUCAUCAAUUUGAAGUUAUGCCAGAUAGUCACAGAUGUCAUCUGUGCGAAAGGGGGGGGGGCGACCUGACAGAAGCACAGGACUUCAUUAAGAGGUGGUUGCCAGGGUCUGUGGACAGGGGUGGUGGCAGGAAGAGGCGUUUCGCAGAAACGCUUGCAGCAGAGAAGCCCGAUGAUCCCUCCCUUCAGGGCAGGAAUCAUUGCCUGCCCACUGCUGCCCUCUCCCUGCCCCACCCUUGCCCUCAGGUCCCUGGCAAGUCCACCGUCGGCCCCUCCUGUCCGGCUGCUGCUGCCCCUGCUCCUUCCCCUGCUGCAGCCCCUGCUCCUGCAAUUCCUGCCGCCCCUGCCCCUCCUCCUGCUGCUACCCCUGGAGCUGAGCACCCUUACUGAUGCCUGCAUCAGUUCAAGAAUUGUAUUCUAAAUAGUAUUCUAAAUAAAUUAUAUUUUCGUUUAUGCUUUGCGUGUGUCUGCAGGAAGUUUCCUUCCCGCACUUAUUUCCAUCACGUUUCCUUCGCUACUAAU